UAAAAUAGCCUCGUUGUUCACUUUCCCUGGUACCUCCAUCAACAUCAACAUGGCCGAAUACGAAAUACAAAUCCUUCGCGGUCAUGAGCUACGACUCCUGCGCUGCGCCCUACGUCCACCACCUUCCAAUCCUUCUCCUUCCUCCCAAUCCUUAGCUUCCGACGACUCUCCUUCUCCUCUCUACGCCUUCAUCUCCAACAUCCUCACUUCCAUCGAGUCUGGGGACUACCUCGGAGCCCUUUCCUCCGACGCUGCACGACUCGUCCUUGCCUCGCCCGACUCCGACCUCCUUUCUGACACGCCUGACCUAGCCUACUCCGAUUUACUGGACCGAGUUGAAUCCUUUAUCAACGAACCUUCAAUUGAGGAUGCGGAAAAAGCUUGCAGGGUUGUUCUUGUUGUGUGCGUUGCUGUAGCCGCUUUGUUCUGGUUCACUCAGUGCAAUUUGACUGGGCCGGUGGAGAGUUUACUGAAGCAUCCUCUGCCAAUCAAAGCGAGGUUGGAAGAAAGUGAAAUGGUGGAGUGGGAGAAUUGGGCGAGGAAUCAGCUCAUGGCUGCUGGCUCUGACUUGCUUGGCAAGUUCUCUUAUCUUCAGUACAUAAUUUUUGCUAAAAUGUUGCUCCUGAAGACAAGAGAUCUAUUAUUUGAAGCAAGUGUUGUGUCCACAUUUGGAAUCAAAAGCAUUUCAUGGUGGCUAUUUAGAAUUUUGCUUAUUCACCAACGAAUUUUGGAUGAGCGGUCUUCUUCUCUUUUUGAUUUAUUGCAAGUAUUUAUGGGUGAAACAUUAAGUCAUUUUGGAAGUUUGGAAAAAGUGACAAGUUAUUGGGGUUCUCAAUUGCAAGAUGGGGAGGCAUCUACUAUUGCUUCAAUGGUUCAUUUAGAAGCAGGGGUGCUAGAAUACAUUUAUGCCCGACUUGAUCCAUGUAGGCUACAUUUGGAGUCAGCUGAAGUGGCAACUGGGCUUCAGCUCUCAGUUACUGGUGUUCUUGGCUUACGUACUGUACAUCAGGUAGGACCGAAGGCGCAAAUGGUAUUGGUUGCAAACCCAAGAUCGGAAUCUGUAAAAGGUGAUAUCUGCACCUCCAUAGGUCCUGGCAUAGAGUUGUCUGAUCCAAGCAUCAGUGAAGCCUCUGACAUAUUUAUGACCCCAAAGCUGGUAGAGGAUGGUAAUGAUUUUGGAAGCAAUGCAUGUGGUGGUGCUUGUGCCACAUUAACAGCAGUCCAGCAGGCAGUGGUUUUAGCACAAUGCCUCCUAAUCGAAAAGAGUAGUCCACAUGAUGAAAUGCAAGGUUGGGAUAUGGCUCCGUAUAUAGAGGCAAUUGAUUCUCAGCAAUCAUCAUACUUCAUUUUACAGUGUUUCUGUGACAUAUUACGGAUUCGUUGGGAGUCAACUCGCAGUCGCACAAAGGAGCGUGCUCUACAGAUGAUGGAUAACUUGGUUGAAAGUAUUCAUAAGCCUUCCAUUGGGGUUCCGCUGAGGCUUCCUUUUUGUUAUGCUGUUUAUAUCCCAACGAUUCCUGCUCUUCGGAAGCAAUAUGGUAACAUAUUAGUUAGCUGUGGCUUGAUCGGAGAGGCGCUUAAAAUCUUUGAGGAUUUAGAGUUGUGGGAUAAUCUAAUAUACUGCUACUGCCAAUUAGAGAAGAAAGCAGCCGCUGUUGAACUUAUCAAGGUCCGGCUGUCUAAAAUGCCAAAUGACCCAAGAUUAUGGUGUUCAUUGGGUGAUAUUACAAACAGUGACGCCUGUUAUGAAAAAGCAUUGGAAAUUUCAAAUAAUAGGUCAGCACGAGCUAAGCGUUCUCUUGCUCGUAAUGCGUAUCAAAGAGGAGACUAUGAGACAUCUAAGACCCUAUGGGAGUCUGCCAUGGCCUUGAAUUCAUUGUAUCCAGGUGGAUGGUUUGCACUUGGUGCUGCUGCAUUGAAGGCUAGGGAUGUUGAAAAGGCACUUGAUGGUUUUACUCGAGCAGUGCAACUUGAUCCUGAAAAUGGGGAGGCUUGGAACAAUAUUGCUUGUUUGCAUAUGAUUAAGAACAAGAGCAAAGAGUCCUAUAUUGCAUUCAAGGAGGCCUUGAAAUAUAAGCGAGACAGCUGGCAGAUGUGGGAGAACUACAGCCAUGUUGCUUUGGAUGUUGGCAACAUUGGUCAGGCUCUGGAAGCUAUUAAGAUGGUGUUAAGUAUGACCAACAGUAAGAGAAUUGAUGUUGAAUUACUUGAGAGAAUCACGCAAUAUUUGGAGGAAAGGGCUUCAGUUAGACAGUCUGCUGUAGCCAGUGAUGAUGAUUUUUCCAAUCAGACCAGUCCUGAUUCGCUUGUAUAUUCUGUUAAUAAAUCUUCAAAUGCUGAGCAGACCGCGGGAAAAUUGGGAGAAAAUGAGCAUUUGGUGGAGUUUCUUGGAAAAAUUCUACAACAGAUAGUUCGAAGUGAAAGUAGGGCAGAAUUAUGGGGCUUAUAUGCAAGGUGGCAUAGAAUUAAAGGUGACCUUACUAUGUGCUGUGAAGCUCUCUUAAAGCAAGUUAGAUCUUAUCAGGGAUCUAAUUUGUGGAAAGAUGGAGACAGCUUUAAAAAGUUUGCACAGGCCUCGUUGGAACUUUGUAAGGCCUACAUAGAUAUUUCUUCCUCAACUGGUAGUCGUCGAGAACUACUUACAGCUGAGAUGCACUUGAAGAACGUUCUAAAACAGGCUGGGAUCUUUUCAGACACUGAAGAAUUCAGGAAUCUUGAAGCUUGUCUUGAUGAAGUAAAGACGAAACAACAACAACAAUUAGAGUCGACACCUACUUAAAAGUCAAAAUUUCUAAAGCUUGCAGGAUUUACUAUCUACAUCAGAUCAAGGGUUGGGUCUGGCUUUAUUUCACCUCCCUGUGCUGGGAGAGAAAAUUUUAGUAGGAAGAACUCCGCUGCACCAUGGCAGUGGCUGUGAUGUCCCACGUCAGCCUUAUCAUCAUCUUUUGGUAGCUGAGUGUCUCUCCCUACCCUUUGCCUUGGCUUUGAUUCCUUUUCUUGAUCAUUUUUGUUUUUUUUUUUUUCAUAGAGAUUGAAAAAAAUAAAAGGUAGCAAUUCCUGGGCAUUGGAACACAGAAUGGGUGAUUGAAAAGGGAUAGGGAAAGGGGUAAAGUAUCCACAGUAUCCCUACCGUCGACUAAAUGAUCGAUUGUGGGUCUUUAAUGACUGAUAGUUAAUCAUAAUGCUAAUUGCAUGAAAUUCUUUUUUAUUUUUUUAUGGAAUAAUUACAUGAAAUUUUUUGUGAAUUAAA